AUGCAUUUCCUGUGUUGUCCGACGGUAUUAUCGAAUGGCUAUAGUUGUCCAUCGGAUGAAAAUCUUCAUCUCCAAUCGAACUUGACUUCAUUUGUACAACGCGUUGAUCGAACGUUUAGUUGUUCGGCUGAUGAGAAAACUUUCAGUGAAGAAUUCGAUGAAAUAUUUUUGUUCGAUGAUGAAGAUAAUACAACUCCAACACCUCACGGGCGUUUUGCUGAUGCGGUAACCAAAAUCCGACAAUUGCACGCGCUUGAUGCGGAUGGUAAACCAGUUACACGACGACUUCUACCAGGGAUAAACAAUAUCAAUAAUUCCAAUUCAAAUAUCGAUGCUAACGGAAACGUAUCAACUGAUCCACAAGCAAACAAUGCAUUCUACAAUUGCAUUGAUAGUGCACCGGACAUUCCUGAUGCAAAACCAGUACCAUUGGGUCUUGAUAUGGGAAUCACCGUGGCCAAACGUUCAGCUGGUGUUCCGACCGCUAUUGGACGACAUAAUUUAAACGAUGAAGAAUUGCGCACUCAUGUAUAUAAAAAAACAUUACAAGCAUUAAUUUAUCCGAUAUCGUUAACAACUCCACAUGAUUUCGAAUUUUGUUCAUUUACCCAUCCAACCUAUUGUUACGAAUGUGAGGGUCUACUAUGGGGAAUCGCUCGGCAAGGUUUAAAAUGUCGAGAAUGCGGAGUAAAGUGUCAUGAGAAAUGCAAAGAUCUUCUAAACGCUGAUUGUCUCCAACUUUCAUUAUCUAAUGUAUUUUAUCCAGACGAAGAUGUUGAUGAGAAAUUGGUCGAGGAGAAACGUCGAGCACAGAAAAAUGCCAAACAUGGUGCUGAUGAUAAAGCGAAAACUUUAAUGGAAGCCAUGCAUGAAAAAAUGACACAUCGAGAAAGUACACGGCCACAUCUUUUUAAAACCAUUCGUGACGUUUUCAAUGUUGAUGAAAUCUCUCAUGUGGGUCAUAUGAAAGCUGUUAAACAAAGUGUACUGGAUGGAACAUCAAAAUGGUCGGCCAAAUUGGCGAUAACUGUGAUAAGUGCUCAAGGUUUAAUAGCGAAAGAUAAAUCUGGUACAUCUGAUCCGUAUGUAACUGUACAAGUUGGUAAAGUUAAAAAACGAACGAAAACGGUUUAUUCGGAAUUGAAUCCGACGUGGAAUGAAAAAUUCUAUUUUGAAUGCCAUAAUUCAUGUGAUCGAAUCAAAGUUCGAGUGUGGGAUGAAGAUGAUGAUAUUCGCGCUAAAUUAAUGCAAAAAUUAACUCGAGAAUCAGACGACUUUCUCGGUCAAACGAUCAUCGAAGUUCGAACUUUAUCAGGCGAAAUGGAUGUUUGGUAUAACUUAGAAAAACGAACAGAUAAAUCAGCAGUUUCUGGUGCUAUUCGUCUUCAUAUAUCAGUCGAAAUCAAAGGAGAAGAAAAAGUCGCUCCAUAUCAUGCACAAUAUACAUGUUUACAUGAGAAUUUGUUCUAUACUCUUUGUGAAAAUAACAAUGGUCAACCGAUCAUACCGGAUGCUAAAGGAGAUGAUGCAUGGAAAGUUUAUUUCGAUGAGCCAUCUCAAGAAAUCGUCAAUGAAUUUGCAAUACGUUACGGUAUUGAAUCGAUUUAUCAGGCAAUGACACAUUUCGCAUGUCUAUCAACGAAAUAUAUGUGUCCGGGAGUUCCUGCUGUGAUGAGUACUCUUCUAGCUAAUAUUAAUGCGUAUUAUGCACAUACUACAGCGACGACUGCUGUAUCAGCAGCUGAUCAAUUUGCCGCAUCGAACUUUGGAAAAGAUAAAUUUAUUAAAUUAUUAGAUCAAUUACACAAUUCGAUUCGAAUUGAUUUAUCAAUGUAUCGAAACAAUUUUCCAUCUUCAAGUCCAGAACGAAUGCAAGAUUUGAAGUCCACUGUUGAUCUUCUCACAUCUAUCACAUUCUUUCGAAUGAAGUUCGCGAGACUUAUUCCUUUUCGAUUAAUUUCGAAUAAUACCGUACAAGAACUGAGCUCUCCGCCUCGGGCGUCUGGUGUCGUUAAAGAUUGUGUGAAGAAUUGCAUUCGUCAUACUUACAACUUUCUAUUUGCUAAUUGUGAUGAAGUUUAUAAACGAGAAUCGAAACAACAACCGAAUGGAACAGACAAUCCUCCGGAACAACCAAUGGAGGAUGUAGUACAAGGAUCGGUACCAAAUGUUGUUGUGCCAAGUCUGAAAAGUCUACAAUUUUGGCAUCAUUUUAUGUAUUUGUUAACAUGUAUCAUCUCCGAAGAUCGAGAACGAUAUAGUCUAGUGCUAAAUCAAUUCCCAUCAGAGCUUAAUGUUGGUCACAUAAGUGCAGAUACACUAUGGAAAUUAUUGUCCACAGAUCUGAAGGAUCAUCUCGAAGAGCAUGCUCGAGUUCCAGCCGAACGUCGAGAAAUUAAGAGUGCUGAUUACAUGAAUCUUCAUUUUAUGAUCAAGCGAUUCUAUGAUACAUUAGUUAAAGUCAUUCCCGAAUCAAAAAAUACAGUUCCUGAAUAUCCCAAGUGGUUUGAACCGUUUGUUAUGCAAUGGCUCAAUGAAAACGAUGACAUGUCCAUGGAAUAUCUUCAUAAUGCUGUCGAAAAAGAUCGACAAACAGGGUUUCAACAAACAUCUGAACAUUGUUUAUUCUCUUCAUCUGUUGUUGAUGUGUUUACACAAUUGAACCAAUGUCAUGGAAUCAUUAAAACUCUCGAUCUUCACGAUCCAUUGGUCAUUGCGACUUACAUGCGACGAUUUUCCAUGACAAUAUCUCAAGUUCUACUUGGCUAUGCCAACGCCAUUCGUCGAACAUUUGGAUUUGUCGGCGGACAGGAUCAUACUUGUUCAAUAUUAAUGAAUAAUAUUCAGCAAUUACGAUUAAACUUAGAACAAUUGUACGAACUAAUGGGCGGCGCACAACUUGAUGAAGAUACAAAAACGCGUUUGAACGAAUUACAAAAACAAUUAAGUGAUGUUCUUGAUGAGUUAAGUGCAACAUUUGUGAAAAGUAUUGAACCAACAAUCAGACAAUCAAUUGAAGAGGUUUAUAAACAAUUACAGCAAAUCAAAGGAAAUCAAAUUGGACCAGGAAAUAAUGGUGGACAACAGAAAGGCGCAGAAGCGAUGCUCGUUACUAAACCAUUAUUGGAUUAUCUCGAUCAGAAGUUAACAUUCUUUGCUGAACAAUGUGAAAAGACUGUGUUGAAACGUCUUUUGAAAGAAUUGUGGAAAGCGGUGAUUAGUGAUCUGGAGAAAGUAAUCGU